ACAUGGCCUCUGCCGCUUCCUAAGCAGAGGCAACAUGGCGGCCUCAGCAAGCUGUAGCUGCGAGAUUUGAAUUACUCCACUCCUAGCUAUUACAUUCCUGACGAUGGCCUCUGUGGCUUCGUGCGAUUCGCGUCCGAGCUCAGACGAGCUCCCUGGAGACCCCUCUUCACAAGAAGAAGAUGAGGACUAUGAUUUUGAAGAUCGGGUCAGCGGCUCGGGUUCAUAUUCCUCAGCGAGUAGCGAUUAUGAUGAUCUUGAGCCUGAAUGGCUGGACAGUGUGCAGAAAAAUGGAGAGCUGUUCUAUUUGGAAUUGAGUGAGGAUGAAGAAGAAAGCCUCCUUCCUGAGACACCAACUGUGAACCAUGUCAGGUUCAGUGAAAAUGAGAUUAUCAUUGAAGAUGAUUACAAAGAAAGAAAAAAGUAUGAACCCAAACUCAAGCAGUUUACCAAAAUUUUAAGAAGGAAAAGACUUUUACCCAAGCGCUGCAAUAAAAAAAAUAGCAAUGACAAUGGACCAGUAUCCAUUCUAAAGCAUCAGUCCAAUCAGAAGACAGGAGUCAUUGUCCAACAACGGUACAAAGAUGUGAAUGUUUAUGUAAACCCCAAAAAGCUAACUGUCAUCAAAGCCAAAGAGCAGCUGAAGCUUCUGGAAGUGCUGGUUGGAAUUAUUCAUCAGACCAAGUGGAGCUGGAGAAGAACUGGAAAGCAGGGUGAUGGAGAGAGGCUUGUGGUCCAUGGCCUGCUGCCAGGGGGAUCUGCUAUGAAGAGCGGUCAGGUACUCAUUGGUGAUGUCCUUGUUGCUGUGAAUGAUGUUGAUGUUACUACUGAAAACAUUGAGAGAGUUCUGUCUUGCAUUCCUGGACCUAUGCAGGUGAAACUGACAUUUGAAAAUGCAUAUGCUGUGAAAAAGGAGACAUCCCAACCAAGACAGAAAAAGACACAGUUGAACACAAGUGAUUUAGUCAAGCUUCUCUGGGGAGAAGAGGUUGAAGGUAUCCAGCAGAGCAGCCUAAACACUCCUCAUAUCAUUAUGUAUCUCACGCUACAGUUCGACUCAGAAACCUCAAAGGAAGAGCAGGAAAUUCUUUAUCAUUAUCCAAUGUCUGAAGCAUCUCAGAAACUUAAAAGUGUGAGAGGGAUUUUUCUCACACUCUGUGACAUGCUGGAAAACGUAACUGGGACACAAGUUACUAGCUCAUCCCUCCUUUUAAAUGGAAAACAAAUUCAUGUGGCUUAUUGGAAAGAAUCUGACAAGUUGUUGCUAAUUGGCCUGCCUGCUGAAGAAGUUCCUCUUCCUCGGCUAAGGAACAUGAUAGAAAAUGUCAUCCAAACCUUAAAAUUUAUGUAUGGUUCUUUAGAUAGUGCCUUUUGCCAGAUUGAGAAUGUUCCUCGUUUGGAUCAUUUUUUUAACUUGUUCUUUCAAAGAGCACUUCAGCCUGCGAAACUGCAUUCCGGUGCCAGUCCCAGUGCUCAGCAGUACGAUGCUUCCAGUGCAGUACUUUUAGACAACCUCCCUGGAGUCCGGUGGCUCACACUUCCACUGGAAAUCAAGAUGGAAUUAGACAUGGCAUUAAGUGACUUGGAGGCUGCAGAUUUUGCAGAACUGUCCGAAGAUUACUAUGACAUGAGGCGGCUGUAUACAAUUUUGGGGUCUUCUCUAUUUUACAAGGGUUAUUUGAUAUGCAGCCAUUUGCCCAAGGAUGAUCUUAUUGAUAUUGCCGUAUACUGUCGCCACUAUUGCCUGCUGCCUUUAGCAGCAAAACAAAGAAUUGGUCAGUUGAUAAUAUGGAGAGAAGUGUUUCCUCAGCAUCACCUCCGACCUUUGGCAGACUCAAGCACUGAAGUCUUUCCGGAACCUGAAGGAAGAUAUUUUUUGCUAGUUGUUGGCUUGAAACAUUAUAUGCUAUGUGUACUAUUAGAAGCUGGAGGUUGUGCAUCCAAAGCUAUUGGGAGUCCUGGACCAGACUGUAUAUAUGUGGAUCAGGUCAAAACAACUCUUCACCAGCUGGAUGGAGUAGAUUCUCGCAUAGAUGAACGGCUAGCAUCUUCUCCAGUCCCCUGUUUGUCUUGUGCUGACUGGUUCCUUACUGGAUCACGUGAAAAAACAGAUAGCUUGACCACUUCACCUAUUCUCAGUAGGCUACAAGGUACUUCCAAAGUAGCAACUUCUCCAACAUGCAGAAGAACCCUUUUUGGUGACUAUUCCUUAAAGACACGUAAGCCUAGUCCUUCCCGUAGUAGUGGAGGAUCUGACAACGGUUGUGAAGGUGGAGAAGAUGAUGGCUUUAGCCCCCAUACUACACCGGACGCAGUACGGAAGCAAAGAGAAUCUCAGGGCUCUGAUGGUUUAGAAGAAAGUGGGACCUUGCUUAAGGUCACUAAAAAGAAGUCUACUCUUCCAAAUCCAUUUCAUUUGGGAAACUUGAAAAAGGACCUUCCAGAAAAAGAAUUAGAACAGUAUAACACAGUGAAACUGACAUCUGGUCCUGAGAACACACUUUUCCACUAUGUUGCCUUAGAAACAGUGCAAGGAAUCUUUAUUACUCCUACCCUUGAAGAGGUGGCACAGCUAAGUGGCUCUAUCCACCCUCAGCUAAUAAAGAAUUUCCAUCAGUGUUGUCUUUCCAUUCGUGCAGUUUUCCAACAGACAUUGGUGGAAGAGAAAAAGAAAGGACUAAAUAGUGGAGACCAUUCAGAUUCUGCAAAGUCGGUGUCUUCUCUUAACCCUGUUAAAGAACAUGGUGUGUUGUUUGAAUGUUCGCCUGGAAACUGGACUGAUCAGAAAAAAGCACCACCAGUUAUGGCUUACUGGGUAGUAGGGAGACUUUUUCUUCAUCCAAAACCUCAAGAACUUUAUGUCUGUUUUCAUGACUCAGUCACAGAAAUUGCCAUUGAAAUAGCUUUUAAAUUGUUCUUUGGGUUAACCUUGUAGCUGUGCUUUCUUGACGUGUAGAAACACGUGCAUAGAGGAUCAAACACUGUCAGAAAUCAAUACACAAAGAGAUGAAGUUUAGCUUCUUUUUACUUUUCAAUAUUGAACGUAAUAUUGUUAAGUGUUGAGAUGAAAUGCUGUUGGAUUUGAUACAUUAAAUCUUAAUGUAAUAUUUUAAGACUUUUGAGAAUAUACUUGAUUAAAAUGUGAAAGAAGGGAUUGUUAACUUAUUGCUAUUUUGGUAUAUAAUGUUAAUUUAUUGACUAGUUUGAAAUAAUGUGAAGUGUUUUUUAUAUAAGAUUAAUAUAGGAAAUGUUUAUUCUUGAAAAA